AUGUUGAUGUCCAUCGAAAGUAGACCUACGUACGAUGGUACAUGUGGGAUUAACGAAGAAUUCGUAACUUGCGGCAUUGAAUGCGAACGAUCCUGUAGUAAUGUUCGUGUACCUCAAAUAACAUGCAAUCAUAUGUGCGCGAUUGGUUGUUUUUGCGUGAAAGGAUUCGUACGGCGAAGUGAUGCAAAUAGUGCGUGUAUAAGAGACACGGAGUGUUAA